AUGAAAAAGAAUUUCAAGUCGAAACUGUCCUUGGACUGCUCAAAAAACCAAAUAAUAAGAGUCCUAUGGAUUAUAAUCCUUACAAUUGGACUUUUGUAUUGCGUUGUUCAAUCAUUCGUAAGAUGGAGAAUUGAACCUGACAUUACAACAAGUUCAGUGCUAAUACCUGAAAGUGAAAUUCCAUUUCCAGCAGUUACAAUUUGCAGUACACUGUUUGAUAAACGAUUACAGCACAUAACAUCUGUUCAAUAUGUAGCUGAGGAUUUUUAUGACGGAGAAAACGUUACUAAACUUAGUCCAGAAGUACAGAAUCAUUUCCAAUUGGUUUAUCAUACAUGUCGUCCAGAGAUGGUUACAGACAAUAUUCUUACAGAUCUUCUGCCUAAUAGAACUGAAAAAGAUGUUCUAAAGUUACUGGCAGGUUGGAAAAAUCCAUUGAAAUUUUACUUCUGCUACUUUAAAGGUACUUUGACAGCAUGUGAUUUAUUAUUCACAAAAACAAUUACUGACUUUGGUGUCUGCAACACUUACAACUGGCAAGGACAUAAUACUGUAUUUAAUAAGGAAGUUGUCAGCAAUGAUUUAACUGUGUUUGAAGAUUCAGACAUUUUUGAAUAUCCAGUUCCAGUUUGGGAUGAAAAAACUAAAAACAAAAGCUCGUCCAGCAAUGACAUGAACUUUUGGACAUUAGAAAAUGGAUACUCGACAGAAAAUGAAGAAGUAUGGCCAGUUAGAGCUGAAAGAAAGCAUUUUGUGUCAUUCAACAUGCUUAUUUACAAUCGUUAUGGUGAAGCUGAAUUUUGUCGAAAUAAAGGCGGUGGAUUGAUUUUCAUGCUUCAUCUUCCAAAUGAACUGCCAACAUUAUCGCAUCAAAAGAAUUUUAUAGCAUUUAACGAUGAUAAAAAGGUUGAGAUAACUGCUAAAUCAUUCAAAACGAGACACGAUUUACGUCAUUUGAAGCCACGUAAGCGUCAGUGCUAUUAUGAAAGCGAAAGAACAUUGAAGUUUUUCAAAUCAUACACAAAAGCUCAUUGUGACUUUGAGUGUAUGACAAAUCACACUUUGGAGGCAUGUGGAUGUGUAAAGUUCUCAAUGCCGCGUGAAAAACAUACGCCAGUUUGUGAUAUCGAUGAAAUUAAGUGCUAUUAUAAUGCCAUGCAGAAUUGGCCUAAAAGGAGUGACAAACAUUUUAAGAUUCCAUGUGAAUGUUAUCCGCCAUGCAGUAAUAUUAAGUACAGUAUACAAAAUGAAGGAACUGGAAAAGCUAUUACAUAUCCAAAGGAAACUGACGAGUAA